AUGAUGUGGCGUUUUUCGAUCACCAUGACGGAGCGCUGCGUCGUCCGGCACGAUGUAUCAGAAGUACAGUUUGGGGUGUACAAAGAGGAAGAGAUUUUGCGGCUGAGUGUCGUUCGGGUGAGCACAGCAGCAACGUACGAUCGACUAGGCAAUCCCCUACCCGGUGGAUUAUACGACCCCGCCAUGGGACCGCUGGACGCACGCUCUAUUUGUGUCACGUGCAACUUGUCCAUGCGCGACUGUCCCGGACAUAUGGGUCAUUUUCCCCUUUCCCUUCACGUCUACAAUCCCUUGACGUUUGGGAUAGUUUUUCAGGCACUUAGGGUCAAGUGUUUUGGAUGCCACGGCUUCCGUUUAUCCACAUUUCCGUGUAAUGUUCUAGCGCUGAAAUUGGGUUUGAUUGAUGCCGGGCUAGCGCACGAGGCUGAUAGCUUGGACCAGGCACUUUUUCGGGCGGAUCUACAUCGCAGCACGAUUCUUCGCGAUACCGAAAUGCGUCUGCGUCGACACCUUCAAACAGCUGGUCAAGUGCCCAAAAGCUGGAUACCAGGAGAAACGAAAAUAAAACGACGCGCCUUGAUCAAAGAUUUUCUGCAAGAAGUUUUAAGCUGCAAGACUUGUGACAGGUGUAGUGCGCCCAAAACCACGGUUAGAAAAGACGGGUAUACGAAGUUUUUCGUGAGAGGCCGACGCGCCGGGCAUAGUCGUGGCGCGGGAGCACACAUUCCCUCUGCUCUUGCUGUUGUACGGAAUGGGAGACAUGAGGUCGAGUGUGGAAAUGGGUUUGGGGAUGAUAGUGAUGGAGAGGAGAGCGAGGAGGGCGGCGGGGAGGAAGACGCGGCGUCCCAGGAGAGAUUUGCCGCGCGGGGGGGAGACACGGAGGCGGAGGGCGGCGAAUACAUGGCACCCGCAGAGGUACAGAUGCAUAUGAAGCUUCUAUGGGAAGCCGAGCCGGAGCUAGCCACGCUGAUAUGGGGCAAAGCUGCGGUGGAAAAGUCUGUCUUUUCGGCGCCGGGGGCGGACACCGGGAGGGCUGAUGGAUGGAAGACCCUCUUCUGGCGCGUGCUACCCGUCACGCCCUCACGCUUCCGACCGCCUAGCAAAAACGAUGACGGUAGCCUGGCGGAGCACCCGCAGAACUACAAUGUCAUCAAGAUAAUGAACCUGGACGAGCGGAUACGCGCCUUGCUGCGAAAGGAGGACGGGGGCGAGGGGGCGACAGGGCCCGAGAAUCUCCCCGCCGAGGCGCUAUCACGCGUUCUUUCCACUUGGAUUGACCUACAGAAUGCCGUGAACGGGUACAUCGACUCGAGCAAGGACGCGAACGCCCGGCUGGGGGGGGGCAACCUGACCCCUGGGAUCCGGCAGGGGCUGGAGAAGAAGGAGGGGCUCUUCCGCAUGCAUAUGAUGGGCAAGCGCGUCAAUUUCGCUUGUCGGUCCGUCAUAUCCCCCGACCCUUACAUCGGCACUUCGGAGAUUGGCCUCCCACUCCGCUUUGCCAAGGUUUUGACCUACUCGCAGCCCGUCACGCCAUUUAACGCGGCGCAGCUCCGAGAGGCGGUGGAGAGGGGCGCAGAGGGUCAUCCGGGUGCCAAUUAUGUGGAGGACGCGAGGGGCCGACUGAUCGACCUGCGGCGCAUGGAUGCGGGCAGACGCCGGGCACUGGCGGCCCGCCUCCUGACCCCGCCCGGACAGACGGUGUGGAGACAUCUCCAAGACGGAGAUAUGGUCCUGAUGAACCGCCAGCCGACAUUGCACAAGCCUGGUAUCAUGGCCCACCGCGCCCGUGUCCUCCGAAGCCCCGCCCAGCAGACCAUUCGGAUGCACUAUGCAAAUUGUAACACGUACAAUGCGGACUUCGAUGGCGACGAAAUGAAUUGUCAUUUUCCUCAAGACGAACUCUCCCGUGCCGAGGCGGAGACGAUUGCCUGCACGGACGAGCAAUACCUUGCGCCCACCAACGGCAAGCCUCUCCGGGGUCUGAUCCAGGACCAUGUGGGAAGUGGAGUCAAGCUCACUGGGAAGGACUGUUUUCUGUCACGGGCGGAUUUUCAGCAUAUUCUUUUCUGUACACUUUCCGGGUUGCCAGGCGUGGAAGUCGUUCCCCCAUACGGUCAUAUCUACAUGCCUGCCCCCGCGAUUUGGAAGCCCCAAGAACUAUGGACUGGCAAGCAAAUGAUCUCGGUCCUACUGCAGCACUUAAGUGAGGGUCUUCCUCCACUUAACCUGGACUUUAAGGCCAAAACGCCCGCCGUAGCUUUCGGCGUCGAUCAGGAGGAGCACGAGGUAGUAGUGCGUGGCGGAGACUUGAUCCGCGGAGUACUAGACAAAGCGGCUUUUGGGGCCUCCGAGGGUGGUCUUGUGCACGGUGUCUACGAGUUCUACGGUCCUCGUUUUGCCGGGCGGCUGCUUACAGCAUUAGGGCGCCUUUUCACAGUCUACUUGCAAUUCGCCGGCCACACGUGCGGUGUGGAGGACUUGGUUUUGAGCCGAGCGGCGGAGCAACGACGUCGCGCACUAAUCACCCGUGCUGGUCGCUUAGGGGGUUUAGCCAUGUAUUGCUACACCUCUGGUACGGCAUUUGAGCCUCCGCCCUUGCCGCCGCUUCCCUCCGCCUCCGGCCAAGCUGAGAAGGAUGGGGCCUCGGCGGAUGGCCUGAGCGCAGCCGACCUGGCCAGAGUACAAGCCCGCACUGCUGAGUUGUUGGAGGAAGAUAUGCGCACGGGACAGGUCACUCAGGCAGCGGCCAUUGACAAUUUCAUGCGAACAGUCUUAUCCCCGGUUUCAAGCGAUAUUAUAAAGGCCUGUCUUCCGGAUGGGCUGACGAAGCCUUUCCCUCAUAACGCAUUUUCUCUGAUGGUUUCCACGGGUGCCAAGGGAAGCACGGUGAACCAGAGCCAAAUCUCUUGCGGCCUUGGUCAGCAGGAACUAGAGGGUCGGCGCGUGCCCUUGAUGCCAAGUGGUAAAUCCCUCCCCUCCUUCCCUCCUUACGAUCCGAGCCCACGGGCAGGCGGAUUUAUCGUGGACAGGUUUCUGACGGGCGUCCGACCGCAAGAGUACUAUUUCCACUGUAUGGCAGGGCGGGAGGGUCUAAUUGACACCGCGGUCAAGACUAGCCGCUCUGGAUACCUCCAGCGCUGCCUUGUGAAGGGCCUGGAGGAGCUGCGCGUGCAUUACGAUAACACUGUAAGGGACGCGGACGCGGGCGUUGUGCAAUUUCUUUAUGGGGAGGAUGGCGUAGACCCCUUGCACGGCAAGUACCUGGAUGGACAAGCCCCGCAAAUGACCGCUUUGGCCAGAAACUUUGCGGCUUUGUUAUGCCAGUACAAAGUAGACCUGAAGUUCUUGGAACGCACCGGUAUGGAUUUAAAGACAGCCCGCGCUAUGCAUGAAGAAAUCAAGGCAGCGCGAUUGCAAAUCAAAGAGCAGGCACAGAAAAGAGAGCAGAAAAGUUUAAGUGCCGUGAGGCCUGCACAAUUGAAGGUAGGCAACAUGGUGUUGACCAAACGUCUGAAGCGAACGAGGACAGAGUGGAUCACGGGGGCCUGGCUGCCUGGUUGGGAGCCCGCCGAGGUGGUGAAGGUGCACGGUGCCAAGGGGGCGAGUCGUCCUGCCACUUACGACCUAAGGUAUAUUUCGGAUGGUAAGGUGGCCAAGCGGGUCCCCCGGCGCAUUCGACACACUGUCGUGGAGCCCUCUCGCCCAGCCGCCUCCGCUCUCGACAUUCCCCCCCCUCCUCCCUCCUCAUCCGCUUCGCAAGUGGAUUUAAUCCGGUGGCCCUAUCUUCCUGACCCGGUGCUGGGACGAGCCAAGACGCAGUUGGGUCUCCAUUUGGGAGCUAUCAGCGAACGGUUUCAAGAUGCGAUUGAGGACUACCUAGGCCGCGAUCCCGAGCACCUUUUCCAAAAAUCAGAGAUGGGGGGCUCAAAGAGCAAGGCUGGUCUAGAGUUGUUACUUUGGCUCAAGUACAUGCGCAGCUUGACGUCUCCGGGGGAGGCGGUGGGCUCCAUCGCGGGACAGUCGAUCGGAGAGCCUUCCACCCAAAUGACUCUGAACACCUUCCACUUGGCCGGGCACGGUGGCGCAAACGUCACAUUGGGCAUUCCCCGGCUCCGCGAAAUCAUUAUGACCGCCAGUCGGAACCCGAAGACCCCCUCUAUGACCGUCCCGCUCUGUACUUCGAUCUCACGCUCCGAGGCUCAGCGCCUCUCAGCCCGCCUGCGGCGCCUGCAGCUGCUCGAGGUUGUCCACCACACACAGGGCGGUGUCCUGGUCAAAGAGCGGCUAGGGAGGUGUGCCAGUAGUGGGGUGACCUGGCAACGCUACUACACGGUGUCCCUCCGGCUGCACGACGAGGAGGUGCUUCAGGAGGCGUUUGGGUUGAGCCACGAGGAGAUGUUUGAGGUGAUUGCCACGCGCUUUGUGAGGCAGCUGCUGGCCUCUGUCACGGCGGAACUGCGGAAGGUUGCCAGCCGAGAUGUCGUGAGACUCCUCAAGGAGCGUCGUGGGAAUGCAGCAGACGCGGAGGCUCGAGAGUCGGGAGAGGCGAGCGAAGACGAAGCGGACAUGACAGGCCUCGUUGGCGGGAGGGGCCCGGGGAUGAAGGCGGCAGCCAGGGCAGGCGCAAAGACAAGCCCCAAGCUUGCUGCAAUGGAUGUCGAUGGGGAAGAAGACGAAGAAAGAGAGGAAGAGGAGGACGGCGACGAGGCUCAGGGCACUCUGAGCUUCGGACGAAAGGAGGAGCGUGGCGAGUACGAGCCGGACGAGGAGGAGGACCCGAGCGAGGAUAUCGGGGACGAUGCUUCAGGGAUCGAAGAGGGGGUUGAGAAUUCAGGCGAAGGGCAACUAUCUGAAGUGCCCGCAAAGCAACGGCGAAAUGGCAGCAGGUUUGACGAUGUCGCCGCUGUCGCCAAGAUUGAUCAUCCUUUCUUCGAGAACUUACGCUUUGAACGUGAAACCGGUGUGGCCCAUAUCACACUCAAGACCCGUGCCUCUCACCGCCGGUUAUUAAUGGUCAGUAUAGUUGAGGCAGCAGCUGAGCGAUGCACGGUGCGUGUCUCUAAAGGUAUUGCGCAAGCUUUUGUAGUGGAGGGAAAAGACGGGCGAUGCAGUAUCCAGACAGAGGGAUGCAAUCUGUCCGAGUUGUGGGAGGUCGGUGACGCAGCACUGGAUCUAAACAACAUAACUAGCAAUGACAUUUGGGCCAUGCAUCAGACGUACGGCGUGGAGGCGGCUCGGGCCACAAUUGUGAAGGAGAUAAAAGGUGUUUUUGGGGCUUACGGUAUCGCUGUGGACCCUCGACACUUGGGUUUGGUUGCAGACUUCAUGACUUAUCAAGGUGGCUUCCGCGCUUUGAACCGUAUUGGUAUGUCCGAGGUCUCAUCGCCAUUUUUGCAAAUGAGCUUCGAGACUACUGCCACCUUCCUCACAGAGGCCGCGCUCAACUCUGAGAAAGAUGAUUUGCAAACUCCAUCGGCGAAGUUGGUCAUGGGCCAGCCUACGGGGAAUGGCACAGGGUCGUUUGACAUUAUGAUUCCUGUUGAUAUGAAUAGGAAAGCCAGCGAGAGCUACGUCGAAGAUCCUCUGAAGGAAGAGGAAGGAGAUAGGAUGGAGGAGGCUUAGGAUCGUAAAGGUGAAUGGCAGGAUAGUAUUCAAUGUGCAGAAAGUAGAAGCAACGCGUGAUCAUGACA